GGUACCCAGGGAGAUAACGUUAAGGCGGUCACCUCUGGCUGCGAAACAGCGAGGGCAUGCACCACACCGUCCAGCAUGCCGGCCGGCCCUUCCCCUCGCCCAAGCGAGCCUCAAGCUCGCUCCGCUCGUCGUGAUCCCAGCGCCUAAAGCUAAUUGCUCUGCAGUCUGCUCUGCCGUUGAAGCCCAUGCCAUUGGCAGGCGGCGACUUUGUCUGAGUUUUGUGUUUUUCUCGCUCGGAGGCGGAGUGUGGUGCUCUUGCUCAAGUGGGGGGGAGACGAUGGGGCCUGACCGUGUCGUGGGUGUGGCGGCUCUUCAGUUUGCUUGCUCCGACGAUGUGGAGUCUAAUGUCAGUAAGGCGGAGACGCUGGUGCGCGACGCGCACGCGCAAGGUGCUAACAUAGUCCUCAUCCAGGAGCUCUUUGAGGGUUACUACUUCUGCCAAGCUCAGCGAGAGGAUUACUUCGCUAGGUCACACCCCCGGGAAGGUCACCCCACAAUUGAGCGAAUGCAAAGGCUGGCGAAGGAGCUUGGAGUGGUAAUUCCUGUGAGUUUCUUUGAAGAGGCGAACAACGCCCACUAUAAUUCGAUUGUGGUUAUUGAUGCUGACGGUACGGACCUUGGGGUUUACCGCAAGUCGCACAUCCCGGAUGGGCCAGGGUACCAAGAGAAGUUCUACUUUAAUCCUGGUGAUACGGGGUUCAAGGUUUUCAAGACGAAAUUUGCAACUAUUGGUGUCGGAAUUUGUUGGGACCAGUGGUUUCCGGAGGCUGCCAGAGCCAUGGCCCUCAUGGGUGCCGAAGUGUUGUUUUAUCCAACGGCAAUUGGGUCAGAACCGCAGGAUGGAGACCUGGAUUCGAGCGAGCACUGGCGGAGGGUGAUGCAGGGUCAUGCUGGCGCAAACCUUGUACCUCUGGUAGCUUCUAAUCGGAUUGGGCAGGAAAUUAUCGAAACUGAGCGAGGGCCAAGCAAAAUUGCGUUUUAUGGGACAUCUUUCAUUGCAGGGCCAACAGGGGAGAUUGUUGCGUCCGCCGACAACAAGAGCGAGAAAGUGUUAGUGGCUAAGUUUGAUUUGAAUAAGAUCAAGGUUAAGCGCCAUAGCUGGGGUAUCUUUAGAGACCGCCGUCCUGAGCUUUACAAGGUCCUCUUAACAUCAGAUGGCCAAUUGUGACCUGCGCUCCCAGAAUUUUGAAUUUCUUUCGGAGAAAGUUAGGAGAUUAUGUUUCGAUGCACAUGUCACCUCAUCGGCGGGGGGUUAUUCAUUCAGGCCCUUUUUCAGUUUCUCGUAGGGACAUGACCAUUUGAAAAGCCAGAACUUCCUGAAGCCCUGAAGUUUCCUGUGAAUUCAGUUUUAGUGCUUCUGAAAUUGAUCGAUGGAGCUAUGGUCAACUGUAGAGGUUGGCAGCACUUCAUCUCUCGACUGAAGUUGCUUUGAACUCGCACGUUCUAGUGUCUUGUGUGUCGUUGAUUUUCUUUAGGCUUUUAAUUUUAAUUUUAAUUUUUUUGGUUCAAUUUACACACUAGACAGAUGUGCCCUUGAAGUUGCUAAUUAAUUGCAACUCAGAGCGUCUCACGCAGUGGGGGUGAAGUUACGGAUGACGAAGCGUAGUAUUUUUUUGUAUGAAGACACUGUCAUCAACAAUUUUGCAAUACCACCUCAGAGCAAUUGAUUUAUUGUA